CGACGGCACGUCAAGCUGCCCCUGAAUGCAAAGCCCACCAACAAUCCCCACCUGCAAUGUAAUGCAAACAAACCCGCCACCUCAAUACCUGUGCCCACUGACCGCCGGCCUGCCAGCAUAUCUGGGAGUCUCUCGCGGCCACUGAGCUUCUGCUAUCCCGCGUUCUGCGCAAUGUCGCCGACGCCGACGACAGCGACUCGUCUCGUCAACAUUCACCGGAAGAAGCUGGAGAAGGCGGAAAUUGCGCGGCGCCUGAAGCGGCACCUGGUCACGCGUCCUGCCAGCAGCAAGCAGCGUGAUUCGGUGUCGUCGAACAUGCGCGCCGGGUCGAUUGGUUACACCAGUAUCAACGACUACAGCGGGUACGCAGGUGACACCAACGAGUACUAUGACGACGACAACGACGACAUUGACGACACAAACCGCGAGGUGGUUGACCCUACGCUGCCGUCGGGCGACAUUACGCACCAAAUUUACCGCUGGCAGAAGCAGCAGCAACAACAGCAAAGCAAUAGUGAGGCGCCCCUGGCGGAGGAUGCUCGCAGAGACUCGGUCAGCAGACGUCGGUCGUUUUCGGGAUGGGACUCCGACUCGGAGUGGAAUCUGGGAUACACCCGUGAUCAGAUCAACUUCAUGCAGGAGCGCGCUGGCCGCCAAGGACUCGCGCCGCCGGGGCUGUUGACCGAGAGUUUCAUCGACUUUAUUGCUCUGUAUGGCCAUUUGCCGGCGGACGAAGAGUACCUCGACAGCCGGGCAGGGGAUGAGCGCACACCGCUGCGACGGACAGCCAGCAGCCUGCAGUCAUCGGCGUCAAACAAGAAGGCGUUCUUUUUGCUCAUGAAGGCGUUUGUCGGUACCGGCGUUCUGGUUCUUCCCCGUGCAUUCUACAAUGGCGGAUUGCUGACGUCGUGUGUGCUGAUGAUAUGCGUCGCAGCGUACGCCUGGCACUGCAUUCUCCUGCUGGCCGAGGUGUAUCUGAAGGUUGGCGGCAGCUACAUAGCGGUAACCGCAUCGAUUGUGCUGGCGCAAAUUGGCGGGUGCUGCGCGUACACCAUUUUCGUCGCGCAAAACUGGCGCAACGUGUUUAACACGCUGACAGGCUGGUUGUUUGUACCGUUGGCGAUGAUCCGGCAGAUCAGGUACUUUGCGCCGGUUGCCAUGGUUGCCAACAUCCUGAUCAAUGGUUCGGCGCCCAUCAUGCAUUACAAUCCGGUGCGGUUCCCACUGCUUGUGGGCACCGCCGUGUACUCGUUUGAGGGCAUAACGCUU